GACGCGCGUGCGCACAGCGAAAGUCUAUCUGUCCUAUUUCUCUGCUCGGAAACAGCUCGGCUCCUCCGCGCAUGCGCACAUCCUAAAACCCGAUUUGCACAACGGUCCAGCAUCAAAGAUGGCGGGAGCCUCCGACCCGCUGGAGGACAUGCUCUUCACCGAGGUGGACGAGAAGGCGGUCAGCGACCUGGUGGGUUCCCUGGAGUCGCAGCUCGGAGACCGGAAAGCUUCCGCCGCUCCGUUUCCCGCCGGUAACCGGGACGGAACGCCGUCGGCCGCCGGGCAGCUCUCCGGGAAAGCGCGCGACCGAGCGGGGUCUCCGGAGCCGCAACAAGGGCACCCCGGAGCGGGUUUACACCCGGAACCCAGAGCGGGCGAGCCGCUCUCUGGAAGAGUCUUCCCGUCCUCCGGGUCCGCGGUCCCCGCCGGAGCCGUUCCCCCGACAGCCGGAGCCCCCCCCGCCACUAACUCCCCGGUACCGGGACCCGUAACUUUGCCCACCCGGUCCUCUGCAGCCAGCUUCCACCGGGCUCCGGGUCCGAGUCCCGGCACCGAGGCGGUCCGGACCGGUUCUCCCGGACUACAAAGCUUGAACGGCGGCGCCGGAGCCGUAAAGUUGGUGAACUCUGUACCUGCACCGGGGACCGGCACGGUGAUCAGCACCGGGGGCUCCGCGGCGGCGCCUCCCGCCGUCCACCUGCAGAGACACCCCGGUACGGUGGCCCAGAACGGACUUGACCCCAAGGGGGGCCCCUCCACCCCCCAGCUGGGGAACCACAGCACCAAGGUGCUGGUGCCGAGCCAGCCCCAAGGCACCCCGAACCCCCCGGGGCCCGCGGCGGCCCACACCGGGACCGGUACGGCUGCUGUGACCCUGAAGCCGGCGGUGAACGGAGUGGGUCAGGGGGCCGUGAUGAGGCCCCCGGGGGCCCCCCUGGUGGCUGCGGCCCUCCAGCAGCAGAGAGCCGGACUCGUGGCCAGCCUACCCAGAGCGGCGGCUCCUCAGCCGGCACUGGCCGCCCGGCCCCAGCAGCAGACCACCAUCCAGCUGCCCCCCGGGUUCUCCAUGCCGCCAGCUGUCCUCAUGAGCCGGAGGAACCCCAAACCGCGCGGACGCACCAAGGAGAAGCGGGCCGCCUGGGCUCCGGAGCGGCGGCGAGGCCCCGGUGGGCGGGGCUGUGAGGCUCCGCCACUGGGGCGGAGGAGGGGCGGAGCGACAGUCAGGCCGGGAGCAGAGUGCUGA